AUGCCCAAACCAUCAAAGACAAGCACGUCAACGCCCUCAUUGCAGGAUGGAACCAUAGUCGUCACGAGCCAGCAAAGCCGUUUCCAUGUAGAUGCUUUGGAUGCACCAACAUCAAAGGAUAUCGAUGUCAAGGAUCUAACACUAUCCGUUGGGGGGCGAGAAUUAUUGGACCACGCACAUCUACGAAUCGUGGAAGGCGUGCACUAUGUUCUGGCCGGGCGGAAUGGAACGGGGAAAAGCUCGCUGCUGCGAGCGUUGGCAGAGCGACGAGUGCCCGGUGUUCCUCGCAACUUGCGUCUGCUCUUGCUUGGCCAGACGCGCAUCAGUUCCGAUGCGGUGACAGAAUCUGACGACGGCGAGAGCGAUACCACCAAGGUGCUUGAACACGUCACAAGAAGUCUCGCCGCAGCGCUAGAAGAUAAAGCCCAUUCCAGCAAUGUUGUGACGACAGUACGGUCGCUUCAACUUGAGCAAGCCAAGCAAGAGUUGGCCGAAGCUCAACUUAUUGCGGCACGACGAAGUGGUGCUCGAGGACUCAAGGCCCGACAGAUGCUCAUCGAAAAGGAGAAGGAAGUGGAGGAAGCACAGAAACGCUAUGACGAAGCUGAGAGUGCCGAAGACGACCAAGAGGCCACCCGAAUCGGCCUUGAUAUGCUGGAAGCGACACGUUUGGCACUCGAGGCUAUGGACGCCGGUAGCACUGAGGCUCGAGCCCGAACGAUACUCCUCGGCCUGCGUUUCUCCGAGGAGCAGAUCGAGAAACCUGUCAAGUCGUUGUCUGGAGGAUGGCGAACGCGUUGUGACCUCGCAUGCGCUUUGAUUCAGAAGACCGAUAUACUCAUGCUUGACGAGCCCACAAAUUUCCUUGACCUGCCCGCCAUUGUUUGGCUCGAAAGAUACAUUACGAAGUCGCUAGCUGGGACCACUGUGAUCAUUGUGACACACGACCGCGACUUUGCUGAUGCAAUUGCUCAGGAGGUGCUUCUCGUCCGACUUGCUCCCGCCAAAACGCUGGAGGUUUUCAAAGGCAACUUGACCGAAUAUGAAAGCGAAAAGCGACGACAAAUUCGACGCAUGACCAGAAUGGCCGAAGCACAAGAAAAGCAGACGGAGCACAUGAAAGAGACCAUAGCCAAGAACGUCAAGGCUGCCAAACGGACGGGGGAUGACAAGAAAUUGAAACAAGCGGCAUCGCGGAGAAAGAAGCUGGAGGAGCGUACUGGGCUCGAGGUUGGCCAACGUGGUGGCCGAUUCAAGCUCAAUCGAGACCUUGCCGGAUGGCACAACUCAGUGCGCGAUGAUAUCGACAUUCCUGAGUUUGAUCCGCCCGUGACGAUAACGUUGCCGGAGCAGCCAGAACCGCUGCGUCAUUCGGGACCUCUGUUCAGCUUCGACAAAGUAUCGUUCACCUAUCCCAAGUCGGGCGUCUGGACUUUAAAGGAGGUCGAUCUUGUCAUGCAUCCUGGUGAACGCGUGGGACUGGCCGGUCUGAAUGGAAGCGGAAAGUCCACGCUGGUCAAGCUCCUGAUGGGGGCAGCCACCGGAGGGGAUCCGAGACCAACCAAGGGCUCAAUCACAGUGCAUUCGAAGGCCAAGUUCGGCUGCUACUCUCAACACGCAGUCGAAGACCUGGAAAGAGUUGGGAGGCAGGAUCCACAAAGGACGGCUUUAUCUCAUCUGAUGAAUGUCGCGGAAUGGACGGGCGAUGAACAGGCAGCUCGAGGCACGCUGGCCAAGCUAGGUCUCCGAGGCAAUACUGUGACAGACAUUCCACUGGCAGCUCUGUCCGGCGGGCAACGGGUACGUGUGGCACUGGCGGAGGUGUUCUUUAACUCUCCUCAUCUACUCAUUCUCGAUGAAGUAACGACGCAUCUGGAUGCCGACACCAUCGACGCACUGGUCGAGGCUCUCCAACAGUGGCAGGGUGCUAUUCUUGUGAUAACUCAUGAUCGGCAUUUUAUGCGAUGUGUGGUGGAUCGAGAGAAGCCAGUAAGGACAGGGGAGGAAGACGAAAGCAGCGAAGAGUCGGAUUGUGAUGCAGGUACAGCAGGGGUGGUAUACCACGUGCGAAAGACUGGGCUUCGAAAGCUAGAACGAGGAAUGCAGCAGUACGAAGAGAUUGUGGGUAGAACAGUGGACAAGCUUGGAAUGUAG